GGUCAUUUCUAAUCAUCGAUGCAUAGGUAACUGAGUUGCACUGAAGUUCUUCAUCUAGGGUUUAGUAAUAGAUUCUUUGGUGCCUCAUGUGCUUCGCACUUUUUAGAAGUGAGUGAUUUGAGGGUCUACUGCAGGAUUGGGUCGAAAUCACCGGUCCUAACUAUCAUCGAACAGACACUGGAUGUGGUCGACCGAUUUACUUACUUCGAUGAUUGCGUCACCAUAGAUGGUUAUAUCAAUGAAAUUGUUUCGUAUAAAAGCGAACUGCGCGUGCCUUUUCACAGGACUGAUCGCCCAUUAAGAUGGCGGGUUAUCAGCUUUUCCGUCAAAGGUGUGAAGGCUGCGUUGCGGCCGGUGUUACUGUAUAGAUCAGAAGCGUGAUUGAUUCCUACUGAAGUUAUGAAGGGAUUUGUCAUCCUUGAUAACCGAUGCUUACUGAGCAAUACACCAGAUCACCCUUUUGGUUUCGUGAGAGAGCUUAUCGGUGAACAAUCUCACUAAGUGCAACUUUAUUCCGAUGUCAGAUUCCGACUCUACGUGGCCCGCCACCGAUGAUUUCGGGUCUAGGUUUUUGGAAAUCGACGAGUAUGCCAUUGAAGCCCUUGAGACAGAGACAUUGCUUGGUCGGGAUGAUGCUACCGAGCCGAACUACGGUUUUCCUGAAACAUCCGCAUCCCUGGAACCAAACAGCGGAGUUCGAACAAAUCGUGGUCUUCGACUUCGAUCGCUCAUCGAAUUGGAGAACGAAUAUGAGGAGGAUGACUGCACGGUAUCUGCAUUAUAUCACGCGCGCCCGAAGAGAACCCGCGUGUAUCGACCUCCCGUGAGUAAGAUAAGUAACGCACGAUCGGAUAGCGAUGAAGAGUCCAGCUUCAAGAGGUUUCAUUCUUUAAAGGCCACUACCGCUCGUCAGCGAAGCCUGCAAAUGCAGCGGAUUGCAAGUCAACCAUCAGAACACAACCAUUUAAAUCCGGCUGAAACAGAUCCGGCUUUUCUGAGUCUGGAGAGUUUGGAGCCCUCAAAACCUAGCUCAGUACCUACCCCUGAGCAGCUGGCCGCCAGGCAACUUAGUAUAACACGCCGCCGGGAAUCUGCCAAGCGAAAAGUGGAAUUACAGAAACGACAAACGGUUGAACGUCUCCUGAAAAUUAACGCAGACUCGGAUAAUUUCAGUCGUCGUGGAAGGGGAAGAGGUCGAGGAGCCAGAAAUAUCUCACACUCAGUGCCUGCUCCAUCUGUGUUAUCGCCGAUUGUGGAUGCACUUAUUUGUGCAGAUGAGUGCGAUAAUUCUACUAACGUCAGUCGUAUUGAGGAUGAUGAGACUUCGGAGCCGGAUCUAGAUACAUCAGGAGCAGAUGCCACUCUGAACACACGCACAGCAUUGGCGGAGCAACACGGUUUAUCUGGAUCUAGCAUGGAUCCACCGUUUGAGUGUAUCCGCCUCAUAUCUUCCUCACGUCUAUCUCCAACCAAUCGCGUUUGUUUUCCCACAUCUUUACUUUCAUCCGGAAGCAAUGUUAGCAGUGAUCUUUCAUGGAUUUUAACCCCGAAACCCCCUCCGAUUGUCCCAGAAGCACAGCCCUGUGCAGCCGGAUGUGGUCGGACCCGCCGCUACAAGUGCUCCAAGACCGGCGUGCCUCUGUGUAGCCUAGCUUGUUACAAACAGAAUCUGGCUAACUGGGCUGUAGCUCACUGAUUGUAUAAUACACUUCGCCUUCCGUUGCAUCGUCAUAUUUUGUUGGUCAACUACUUGAUCGAAAAUACGAUUAUCUGUGGGAUCUGAUACAAAGGUAAAACUUGUCCGCUCAUUGCUUUACUGACUUGCGACAGCUUUUGGUGUUGCCUGAAUUACUUCCGGCCCCUCAUCUAAUAAACAUGUCAAAAAUCGC